UGGAGGAAUGUGAGUUCUCUGAAGGGGGAGUAAAGGCGUCCUGAUGGGAGAAGUGUUUUGGAGGCAAAGGGAAAUUCAGACAUAAAAAUAACACCACUCGGGUUGGAAAACUCUGGUGCGCGUUUUGGGUUUUGCUUCAAGCGUUUCGAGACUUUACUUGAAGGAUGACUUAAAAGUUUCUCGAGGUUAAAAAGCAAGAAAACAGGGAAACAACGAAAAAGAAAAAAGAAAACAAGAAUAAAUUGCUAACUCUUUCACACUGCAUCUGGCAACAGCUCUCAACGGAUCUUGGGGACACCUAGACAGCUGUAACUUUUAAACUUUUACUCUUUGGAUUUUCUGGUUUUUCUGGAUUUUCUUUCUUUUUUUUCUUUUUUUUUUCUUUCUUCUUCUUGCCGGAUUUCUAUUUUUUUUCUUCUUUUCUUUUUUCUUCUUCUUUUCUUUUUUUCUUCUUCUUUUUCUUUUCUUGAAGAUUACUAAGAAAGCCGACUUCGUCCAAGAAAAAACGCUCAUCUGUGGAAAGUUCAAGCGCAGUCAGAGCUGUUCACUGGAGCUAUAAGAUGAUGCGAUCUGAUUCACAUCCAGCGAAGUUGCGGAACUGGAGCGGACCGAAACCCGACAAAACAAUGAUCGGACCAAACUUAUUCACUCUGCUGCUCAUUACACUGAUGCGCUUCGGCACUGCGGAACAUGUAUCAGGGCUGCACUUUGUGGAGAGCCCUGAGAACGUGACUUCCUCUCUGGGGAAGCCGGUUGUGCUGCAGUGCAUUCUGCAGGGGCACGGGGUGGACCAGGAGCCCCUGGAUGUACUGUGGCAGAGGGAGGGACAGCCGCUGGACUUAGCUGACACUAACCAGAUGCAGGUGCCCGUGGAUGAGGACAGCUGGCUGGUGAUCAGCAAACUCAAGAUUGAGGAGGUACAGCUCUCAGAUAUGGGCGCCUAUCAAUGUGUGGUUUACUCUGAUUUAGAGGAGACUUUAUCCAUUGAAGGACACAUACAGCUGGAAGGUCUCCCUCAUUUCUCAGUGGAGCCGCAUCAUAUGUCAGUGGUGGCUAAUGUUGGGCUCAGUUUGAGUUGUGUGGCUCACGGUCCUCCUGAUCCGGUUCGGGUCAUCUGGCUGCAGGACGGGGCUCAACUCAAUAAUCUGGAUGACCCAAUAUCCCUCUCACCCUCAACUCUCAACAUCUCAGGUUUGAAUAAAACCAGCUCUUUCUCCUGUGAGGCUCACAAUCGUAAAGGUGUGGCAUCUUCUGGCACAGGUGUUGUGACAGUCCUCCCCGCUGAGCCCCAUGACAUUAAAGCUGAAGACAUCACGAAUUCAAGCAUCCAUCUGUCUUGGCAGACAGGCUUUGGAGGAACCUAUUCCAUCAGCCAUUGCACUGUUGAGGUUAAACCUUCUGGCGAAGACUCCGUCGUGAACGCUGAUCACAUGAUCUACAACAAGAAUGUUAAUGGACCAAUCACCAGCCGCCUGAUCUCAGACCUGGAACCUUUCAGCCAAUACGAUUUUAGAGUGGCCUGCCAGAGCAGCCAGGGUGUCUCUGGUUGGACGGCAUGGGUAACCAUUAGCACCAGUGAAGGCGUUCCGGAUUCAGCACCAGAGAAUGUGACUGCUGUGGUGAACGGGACAGAAGUUCUGCUGAGAUGGUCAGAACCUUCUGGAAAGAUAAAUGGCCAUCUGCAGGGAUACAUGAUGGAGUACAGUGCUCCUCAUAUGCAACAGGUUGUGGUGGACAUGGGUUUGGACACAGAACUGUUUCUCAAUCUGUCUGCCCCCCAAUCCAAUGUGUCCUUCAGAGUGUGUGCGUACACUGGUGCGGGACAGGGGCCCUGGACACCCCUCCAAACCAUCACACUUAUAUCUUCAGAAAUGCUGCUUCACUCUAGAGGUCUGUCGAGUCAUCCAGCAUUCUCCUGGCACUGGUGGUAUGUGGUGAUGGCCAUCGCUGUUGCCAUCGCUCUCGCGGUGCUCUUGGCCGUGUACAUGACUAGGCUAAGGCAGAAGGAGACACGCUUCGGCGAGGCGUUUGAGCCCAUGAUGGAAAGCGGUGAACUUGUUGUUCGAUAUCGAGCUCGCCGAACAUACAGUCGACGCACAACUGAAGCCACACUAAACUCUCUGGGGAUCAGCGAUGAGCUCAAACAAAAGUUACAGGAUGUGAUGGUGGACAGACACAAACUAACACUGGGAAAAACACUGGGAGAAGGUGAGUUUGGCUCUGUUAUGGAGGGUUUGCUAACUCAAGAGGACUCUGUGCUCAAAGUGGCAGUGAAGACCAUGAAAAUUGCUAUCUGCACUCGUACUGAAAUGGAAGAUUUUCUGCGAGAGGCGGCCUGCAUGAAAGAGUUUGACCAUCAGAACGUCAUGAGGCUUCUGGGUGUGUGUCUGCAGACAGUGGAAAGUGAAGGUUAUCCGUCUCCUGUUGUUAUUUUGCCCUACAUGAAGCAUGGAGACCUGCACAGCUACCUGCUGUACUCCAGACUGGGUGACUCACCUGUGUACCUGCCCUCUCAGAUGCUGGUGAAGUUCAUGACAGAUAUCGCUAGAGGUAUGGAGUAUCUGAGCAACAAAAACUUCAUUCAUAGGGACCUGGCGGCUCGAAACUGCAUGUUAAAUGAGAACAUGAACGUGUGUGUGGCUGACUUUGGCCUGUCAAAGAAGAUCUAUAAUGGAGAUUAUUACAGACAGGGCCGCAUCUCUAAGAUGCCUGUAAAGUGGAUCGCCAUUGAGAGCCUGGCAGACAGAGUGUACACCACCAAGAGCGAUGUGUGGUCAUUUGGAGUGACAAUGUGGGAGAUAGCAACUCGUGGUCAGACGCCGUACCCUGGCGUGGAGAACAGUGAAAUCUAUGAUUAUUUGAGACAGGGCAACCGACUCAAACAACCUCCAGACUGUCUGGACAGCAUUUACUCCCUGAUGUUCUCCUGCUGGUUAUUGAGCCCAAAGGACCGGCCAAGCUUUGAGAUCUUGCGCUGUGAGCUCGAAAAGGUCUUGGAAGAUCUGCCAAGCCAAGACCCAGAUGAGAUACUUUAUGUCAAUAUGGAGGAGUCUUCCGGCGAGCUGGGGGCCGUGGGGGGCCGUGACCCCAUAAUGGGGCUCCCUUGUGCACUCGGGGCCCUGAAGGGCACAGGCACAGUGGCCACUGUGGAAGUCCACCACCCCAGCCGUUACGUGAUUUGCCCUCAGCACGAGAACCAGCGGCUAUUCAACACCGACUCCAUGGAGAGUCUCAACCUUAUAGGGUCUACACCCACUCCGGUGCUCCAACCUUCAUCCUGUUCCACUCCAGUGCUGCCCUCUGAAACUCAAGCCUCUGAGGAGAGAGAUGGCCCAGGUAGCAAGAAAAUGCCCUGGCAGUGAUGCCACAGUAACUGAAAUGGACUUAUACUGCCUCUUGUGGAGAGCUGAGUUACUGCUCCUAUCCCAAUUUUGCACAAACAUUCCACACACUCCGCCAGACAUUCAAUGUUUAAAAUGAAAAAAAAAAAAAAAAAACAUUUUCUUUCCAAAGUUUUUCCUUUGCUUUUCAAAUGAUCUUUUCUGUUUAGUGUAGAUUAUGAGAGGUGUAUGGAUCAUAAUUGAUGUUUUCCAUCUUAAACUAGUACCAACCAGGUAUGAUGCGAAAGGUUUCCAUUAUGCAAAGUCAAAAAACUUUGCAUACUAUCACAAAAGCAUGUGUGUAUAUAGUAUAUGCAGGAUAAUUAUAGAUAUCUAUAAUUAAAAUGAUCAUUUUUAUAUCAUUAAUUAGGUUUUUACUAUUAAAAACAGUUAACAGUAUCAAUUAUUAUGAAUAUGAAAUGAAUUCUUGAUAUCAGUAAUUACAUUGUUGAUAUCGGAAUGCGCAUUUGCACUAGUAUCAAUUACAACUAGUAAAAAUGCUAAUUUGUGACAUCUCUAAUUUGGUAUUCACUAGUGACAUUGUUAAUGUCAGAUAUCUUUAAUGUUAUUAUAACUAGUAAGAAAGCCUUUUAAGAUACUGUAUCUUUAAUUAGUCUUACAUUUAUUGAUAUCUUAAAUCCAUUUCCAGAUAUCUGAAACACCAAAUCUUGCAUGUUGAAAUAAAUGUAGAAAUAACAAUAAUUAGCAUUUGUACUAGUUGUAAUUGAACAGUUGGUAUCGGAAUGGGCAUUUGCACUAGUAGCAGUGUAGUUAUUGAUAUCAAAAAUGUAUUUCAUAUUCAUCAUUUGUUUAUAAUGAUUCUGUCACAUCUAGUUAGACUCAAAAGCUCAGAUAUACACAGCACACUUACCAUAGCCUUAUGAGAUUCAUAUCAGUAUAUAAUAAACUAAUGUAAUGAGGUCAGUGUUGUUACAUCAGGUCUAAGCUCAUCAUAUAGAUAGUAUGCUGCUGAUAUUGACCAUUCACCAUGAGCAGUAAACUCAGGAGGUGCUUGCAUCUGCAAUGACCAAUAAUACAAAGGUUAGAUUGACCAAAUGCCACAAACUAGCAUGAAACUGCCACUGUCUAGAAUGAAAUGGAACUGGUUGAAUAUUUAAAGGAAUAGUUCACCCAAAAAUGAAAGUUCUAAAGACUCGUUUCACAGCUCUUUCCAUACAACAGCAGUUCAUAUUGACCAUGUCUGUCAAGCUCCACAAAGGACAAAAUAUCAAAAACGGACCAUAAAAUAUAAUAAAAAUAGCAGACUGAUCUCACAGUGAAAUCAAACCAGUAGGUUGACUUUUCUUUAGCUAAAAUCAGUCUGGGCUUACCAAAUUGCAAAACACUGCCCCCAGUGGCCAAAGCGGGAUGGGCGUAUAGGUAUUGGGUGAAAUGUCCACAGAGGGGCACCAAAAGAGAGUUGUGAAGCGAGUUGCUUUCAGCUGUGAAGGCUGUAAUACAGUGAAGUGGAAUGCAUAUUUUAUAAGCUGAUACCCCCAACCACACCCCAAACCUAAACCUAACCAUCAGUGGAGUGAAAAUGUAAUGUUAUUGGAAAAAAUGCAUCCUUCGAAUGUACUCGUCACUAAUUAUGCAAACGCAAUUACUUCCUGGUGUCAACCUCAUCUGAACCCAGGUCUCCAAAGCAACACACUUCCGGUCGCACCACAGAGGAAGGUAAACAUUUUGGAGCUGAUCAAAAAAGUCUGAAAGGAGAUGCUGCUUGUCAGUGAGCCAACAUAAUGUGGCCGAUCACAGGAUUCCGGAACUAUCGGAAACAACAUGCCGACUUCCUGUGUGAUCAUGUUGAAAAAUAGUCCAUAUGACUUGUGUGUUAUAUUAGAAGUUUUCUGAAGUCAUAUGAUAGCUUUGUGUAACGUUUUCUGUUUACUCACAACAGACCUUAUUCACAGUUGUCUGGAGUUUUUUGUCUAAUGAAAUUUCUUAGAAAGAAUUUUUUUUACAGUUUCAUCAGUGGAAUGGUCCAAAACACUUUUAAAUAGGUUGUACAGUUUUUUUAGAGACUGUACGUCUGUCCCUCACAGACUCAUUGUCAUUCCCAUCAAAAUAACGUCUAUAGUUUUGCAUUGUCUCUUAACCCUAUAACAGCGUGUGUAUCAAAUAUGAUACUUAAUGUUUGACGGCUCCUUUUUCACUCUCUCUUUAAGCUGACGAGCCAAACAACCUAUGGUAUGUAAGUUUCACAUGUUUAUGGCACCAUCUAGUGGUUAUUUGUGAAAAGAGUGGUUUCAAUGUUUAUAUCGAUCUAUUUAAAAUGGCGACAGACUUGUGCAAAAAGUGACUUAGGAUUAUAUUGUUACUGAUAUUUAAAAAUGAGUAUUUCCUGAAUAUAAGCAACUUGUGCUCAGUUAAAAUUAAAUAUUAUUUUAUUGAAAAUCCCCUUUGAAAUCCAUGUAUUAAAUAUGAUACAACAGGCUUUUGAGGAAUAUCUCUCAAUCACCAUUACAUUCCAUUCGUGCCCACAACAAAACAAUCACAGAGCUUUGAAAAUUCUGACAUAUACAUUUUAUAAGAUAUAUUUAAAGUGUGAACUAAUAUUUCGGUGUAUUUCAUAUAUGCAGCCUGAUCUGUCAUUACAAAGAUCUCAUUAUUUUACAUUACAAGCUAUUAUGAUGUCAUCUUACCAUAAGUUUGAAAUGUGAAUAUAGAGUUUGGUGCAUAAAAUACAUAUGAUGAAAAUUGUUUUUUGAAAAAUAAUAUUUUAUUCAUAUUGUAUUUGAUGUGCUGAAGUGAAUUGUGAUACAUUUAAAUUCAUAUUUAUAAAAGGAGUGGAAGUUGUCAUGACCAAACUUUCAAACAUUUGGUAUCUCUGAAAAGCCCAGUGAUCCUCUGAUAAUACCCCAAGAUUUACCACUGUAGAAAAACCUCAGUAACAAAUGUCUUACACAAAAAUGAAUAGCUGGGCCUCAGGAGGAUAAUGACCUUUAAAGCCUAAUGUAUCAAAUAUGAUACAAAAAAAAAAAAGAUUUCUUUUUAUAGUUUGUCUAAUAGUACUAAAAACAGUUUAAUGUCAAGAAAUGUGAAUUUUCAGACAAUUCUUUCAUAUGUCAAGCUUUACAGUUUUGUGGCCCUCACAGUAGUUUGCUUUCCUUUCACAAUAGGUUGCAAAAAAACAAGAAAAUGAAUUAUGCUUAUGUCUGUAGAUUUUACUGUUGUAAAACCAUAGUUAAUUUUUGAAAGGGAUGGAUGAAAGUUAUUGCAAUGGAACCCAAAAUAAUUGUGAGGGAACGCAAAACUUAAAUUCCCCUCCCUGUCCUCUUCAGUGCUCUGUUAUCUUUUAAUCUGGAUGUGCAAAUGCAGUUGAAGAUGAUCAGUGAAUAAUGACUUAAAUCAGUUCAUCACACAAGCUAUUGUAUAACUUCAGAAGAAUUGGAAUAUAGCACACAAGACAUAUGGACUACUUUUAUGGCAUGUUUUGGAGACUGACAGAUGUGGUCAGGGAUGCUAGUGGAGUGAAAGAUGUUAAUGAUUCUAGAGGCCCAAAGGUACAGGGGGGCUCAAAACAAAUUCGAAACUGUAUUUCUUUAAUAGGGUAGGGGCCCAGAGCAAUAUACAGUCAGGGGGCCCAGAAUUCCUUGCUAUGGCCCUGGAUGUGGUAACCAUGAAUUGUCGUUGUUGCAUGUACGUACAGGUUUGGAACAACAUGAGGGUGAAUAAAUGAUUACAGACAUUUUAAUUUGGGGCGAACUAUUCAUUUAAUUUGUUCCUGUCUUCUAUGACAUUUUACAUGAAGUCUCUCAAGCCUCCUUCUGACGAGUAUCCUUUUCCAAAGAAACACAUGGAGGGUGACAAUUCUAAUCCACAGCAGUCAAAGCAAACCAAAUCGUCAGUGAUGUCAUAUCAGUUCAACAGUGUAAAUAGUCUAGCUAACUUCUAGUUUUAUACAUACAUCUGUUUCUGAGGUUUAUGGAAUCAACAAAGUUGAUAGAAUUUGUUUGAUUUUUACACUGAUGUGUAUUUUGUGGUUAUUGUCAUGUUAUUGUAAGCUGAUUUUGAAGAGUAGAAAUGGGCAGUAGACUAAACCGUUAGACCAGGUCUUUCUUAUCGGAGGCCCUGCCCCAUACUCAAGCACAGUAUUUUUUGUUUGUUUCUUGAUGUUUUUGGUAAAUUUGAUAUUUUGCACUAAUCAUUUUUAUAAGUGUUUUAUUUGUGUCUUUGUUUAUUAUGUAUUAUUUUGUAUCUGUCAUCAAAUUUAGACAAUGAUAUUAUAAUCUUAUCAAAAUAUUAUAAUAUUACAAAAAGACUCUGUCAAAAAAGUUCAAUGCAGAUAAACAAUUUGAGCCGAUCACAACAUUUUCACAAUUGUUUUUAACAAUUUUUAGAUGCAUUGUAAUUUGUUUAUUAUACAUGAAUUAAAAAAAAACAAAAAAACAAUCAAAUCUGAAAUAUAAGUAAAAGUGAAGUAGACAUUCUGAAACAAAUCCUUUUACAGGUACAUCAUAGAACCUGUGUGAGAAUGGUAUGGUGCGUUUUUCUCUAAUGUAAUGUGGUACUUUAUCAUAUCCACCCCUCUUAUAUCAGUGAGCCACAAUGCUUUAAAUGUUGUAUUAGAUGACAAACCACAGAGGUCCUGUCUAUGUAAAUAAUGAUACUGUUCAUGUGUGACAGUGCUCAAACAGAGUCAUGUAUGAUAAACAUUUUUGUUGUCUAAAAGCCUUUUAGAGUGUAUGACAGAAGCUCAGCAUUAACCUGACCAAAACCCUAGAGUCUGUUGUUUUAGACAUCUAGUGUGUAUAUUUCAAAUGCUCAUAAUUUUGAUCACUUUUGUCACUGGCACCAGUCUUUCAUAUGGAUUUGAAGGCCUUUUGGAGUUUCAGCUGACUGCAAAUGGACACAUUGUUAAAAAAAAAAAAAACUGCAGUCCCUUUUGUACCCAAAAGUGUGGUGACAGAAGUAAAAAAUCAAUAUUCAUUGAAGCACAUGCUUCAAAGUGCCUUUGAUAGCCAGUACUUUGCCUUAAAAUGGCUCAGUAAACGAUACACAAAAGUUUAGCUUUACUGUAGGUGUAUACUAUGUCUAAUGUUGUCUAGUUAACAUCAGUUUCACUAUUGUGAUUUUGAUACACAUUUGUAUUAAAUAAAUACUGCCUGCAUAGUUGA